UUGUCCUUAUCAUUUUUUGCCAAACUUCAGCAAGGAUGCCCCGUUCAAAUUCUUUCUCCACCAAUAUGCGGAUCAGGUUCCCUGUUCUUGCCAUUUGUUUGCAAGUGAUCAUUAUCAUUUUAUUUGGAAUAUUUGUGAGAUAUACACCAGUGGACAGAUGGACCCAGCCAUCAACCAAUAUGGGAUUGUAUCCAAUCUUUCAAGAUGUUCAUGUGAUGAUAUUUAUUGGGUUUGGUUUCCUGAUGACCUUCCUGAAAAAAUACGGCUUCAGCAGUGUUAGCAUCAACUUCCUCAUUGCUGCCUUGGGCCUUCAGUGGGGCAUCCUCUUACAAGGAUUUUGGCACAUGGUAUCAAAUAAUGUCCAUAAUACCAUUGAAAGGCCACAGAUACUGGGGCAUCCAUGACCAUUCAUGCUUUCGGAGCUUAUUUUGGGUUGGCUGUAGCCAGACUCCUCUACCGGCCAGGCUUGAAAAAUGGACAUCCUAAAGAAGGUUCUGUUUACCAUUCAGACCUAUUUGCUAUGAUUGGUACUCUUUUCCUUUGGCUCUUUUGGCCCAGUUUUAACUCGGCCAUUGCAAAAUCAGCAGAGGAGCAACAGAGGGCAAUCAUGAACACAUACUUCUCUUUAGCAGCAUGCACCGUUACCACAUUUGCUUUCUCUAUUCUGGUUGAACACCGAGGCAAACUGGACAUGGUACACAUUCAAAAUGCCACCUUGGCAGGUGGUGUUGCUGUGGGUUCAUGUGCUGAUCUGGACAUCUUGCCUGUUGGGGCUUUAUUAAUUGGUAGCAUAGCAGGAAUCAUCUCAGUUCUUGGAUAUAAGUAUUUAUCUCCAUUGCUGGCCACACUGAAAAUUCAAGACACCUGCGGUGUCCACAAUCUACAUGGCUUACCUGGGCUUUUGGGAGGCAUUGCAAGUAUCAUUGCAGCUGCUGUGCAGGUUAACAGCAAUAUAUCUGUUGGGAUGCAGGCUGCUGCUCUAGGCUGCUCUGUUGCAAUUGCUAUGGUAGGAGGAGCUUUUACAGGUCAGUAAAAUAAAGACAUCUCCAGGAAAUGGGGAAGUUCAUGCAGAUCACACUUCUGCAGAUGAAUGGAUGGAUAAAAUGCAGACUUAUAUAGCAUCUUUUAAAAAAACUGAAUAAGAAUUUGCAGAACUGUUCAGUGGUGGGAUUCAGGCAGUUCGCACCCAUUCAGGUGGGUGUUACAUUACACCCCUCCGCUAUCAAAGUGGAUCCUGGGCAUUGGGCUGCAAUGGAAGUAUGGGCAAUGGAGGCUGCUUUCCUUCUUUCUUCUCCCUGCUCCUCCUCCUUUCUUUGUGCCGGCUGCUCCAUUGCUUGUUUCUCCAUUUCAGUGCAGUGCCCAGGAUUCACUUUGAUAGCAAGGCGGAGGGGAUAAUUUGCUUGGCCAAACUAACCCCGCAGUCUCCCCUACAUUGGGCCCAGCUUCAAUCAUGCUGCCAACUUAAU